UAAAAUGGAGCCUUUGUAUGUAAAUAUUGAUUUAGAAUCUAGCAACGCUCCACCUGAAGUUUAUCAAGAAGAAAAUGGCUGGGAAGAAGUUGAUUACAGCGAAGUUAAACUCCCUGAUGUUCGUCAGAUUCAAAUACUUGGUCAUGGUUCUUAUGGGACAGUUUAUAAGUGCAAUUUUAGGGGUCGUCAAGUUGCAGUUAAAUUUGCAAAUAAUUCAAACGAUCUUUCUCAUUUGUUGGUAGAGGCUAAACAUCUGCAUAGUUUUUGUCACCCAAACAUAGUCAACCUUUAUGCACUUUUUCGUGGCGAAUAUUCUGGUAUUGUGAUUGAAUUAAUGGAAGGAGGAUCACUGGAUGAAUUGUUGCAUUUGCAUAUGGAUCUCACUUUUCAAACUUUUCAUGUUCUGAAUUGGUCAUUGCAAGUAUCUAAAGCAUUAUCAUAUUUACAUUCAAACAACUUUAUUCAUUGUGAUAUAAAACCAGCAAACAUGCUUCUCUCAAAAGACUACAAAAAAUUAAAAUUAUGUGAUUUUGGAACUGUUGCUAAUAAAAAUAGUAAUUUAUGUGACAACAAAGGCUCUGCUGCUUGGAUGGCACCAGAGGUUUUUCAAGGAGAAAGGUUUUUCUUUACAAGGUUUUUUGAAAAAAUUUUUUUAAGCUAUACCCACAAAUCUGACAUUUAUUCUCUUGGAAUUUCUAUGUGGGAGAUGGCAACACGUAAAUACCCUUUCGACGACAUUAAUGAACCUAAUCACGUUACAAUUUUGUGGAUGGUUUCAAAUGAUGGUCUUAGACCGCCAAAAGUUGAUAAAUUGCCUAAACCACUUAUGGAAUUGAUUGAAAGGUGUUGGUCUGCUAAUCCGAACGAUCGACCUUGUUCAGAGGAAAUUGAAAAAUCAUUGGAAAUGUUUAUAGAGGUCCUUCCAAAUACCUACAUUCUUCCUUUUGUGAGCAAUUGCAUUAGGUAA